AUGGGUUUUUCUUCACCAAAUCUGUCGUUGUUCGCUUCUUAUUCUUGCUGCUUGCUUGCUUUCAUCUGCGACGUGGACGGAUGGCGAUCCGAGGACCGAGAUGCAGCGUCCACUGGAUGGGGUCGACCGCCUGUAAUAGGUACUGCACUGUGCUGUAGUGCUGCUGUAAUCCUGCGAGAGCAUGACAUUCCCCCUGUACAGUACGAUGUCUACGUACAAGCACACGUCUUGCUGCGUGUUCCUACAGUGCAGCAUCACCGUCCAGUCACGCCGACCCUCGUCAUUUCGUCGUCUGUGGGGACCGCCACCUGGCGUGACUGCCCAGGCGGACCACGUUUGUUGCUGCUACGACGGCGCCUUUGUCAGCGCCACCGAUUGCACCUGAUUGGCGGAUUCGCUUCUCCUGUUGCUGUUUUGGUCCAGUACAGUGUCGCUGUACUCGUACCUGCGCGGUCUGGCUUGGGCGUUGGCACUGCUGCUAGCGUCUCGUGUCGCCAUGGCGGCCAAAGCGCUAACAAUUGCGACUUGCCUUUUAGCCAUUGCGUGGUCCCAUUCAGCGCUCACCGAUACGGCGCAAGUUGCUCGGGUGGCCGUCACGAGCUCUUGUAUCAACAGUACGUGACCGCAGGUACUCCGUACAUGGGUGUUCUGUUCUCUGCCGGUAUUGCUACAGCUACAAAGAUGGGUAGUUGUACUUGGACGAACUGCAACCGGCAUGCAAGCCUGCCAAUGAGGCACCGGCGUGGCCUGAUCAGAAACACAGCAACGCAUACCUACCUUGGCUACCAACCGACAUGCGAGCUGCAGUGCAGGUUGCAACCACGGAGUCCUCCGCGAAGCCCCUCCGGUCGGGCCUACAUCUUUCAUGUUGUUAUUCACGCCCAGCAAUGGAUUCACUCACUUGCGUUGCUCUCAGACAAGUUUGAUGUGCACCUCGGCACGUACUCGGUACUCCCUACUGUAGUCGGUACGGAGCUGUACUCGCGCUACGAGUCCUCCGCAACGUGGCCGGGAACCUGCGCAACGCCUCGUGAAAGCAAAGCCCGCACCGUGCUCCGCUACGGGCCACGCGUGACAACUCGCACUUCACACACUCCCUCAGCAGACACGAGCCCAAAGGUCCAGAACUGGCUGGCUGGGCUGCUGCACACACUUCCUAUGAACUCGGAGUACUCCGUAGGGCGACGUCGGGGGGUCACUCGUCGAAUCGCACGGUGCUCAACAAAAAUUGAAGAAGACGAAAGCACAAAGUGCUUGGAGGAGAGUGCUUUUACGGAGUACGGGAGUACAUGCUACUUGCAUGGGCCCCAAACACCGUGUUCGAAGACCGGAGCUCGUACUGAUAGUACCCAAUCUGUUGCGAUGUGUGUGCUGUGGUUGCUAGUAGUUGAGUACAGCAGUAGAUACGUCGUAUCGUCCCAUAUCGCAUGCUUGGCCCGUCCAUCUUUGCUGGAGAUGCGGCCAGACCCGAGUCCCUCGUCUCUUCAGGUACCGUUUCCUGCACGCAUUCGUGCUCGUUCUACGGAGUACAUUCGCCGCUGCUGGCAGGCUCUCGUGGCUGCUCCAGGCACUACUACAGACCCCAGGGUACCUACCGUGCCUCUCCAGCCCGCACUGGUCUUCCCUUUUCCCUCGAUCCUCUCGUCUUCUCUCCCUCACUACUUGUACUUCUUCAUUCCCGUCCCCCCCAUAUCCUCCUUCCCCCCUGGCACCCGCACUGCUGUCCCCAUCUUCCCUCCCAAAGGCCUUCUUUCUCCUCGAGCUUGCGUCCCUCUUCAACCUCCAGUCAAGUCUUCGUCGACUCUCUCUCUCUACUCCCGCCAUUUGCAUCGCAUCGCAUUCGCAUCGCAUUCGCAUCGCAAGUCUCCAGCCAAGCCAAGCCAAGCCGCGACCGAAUUCGCCACCUCGACGAACCUCGCAAGCCUCGUCCAGCCAAUCCGACUUGACAGGCCCGCCGCAACCGACAAAGAACCUGCAGAAGUCGUCGAGAGAAAGAAGGGUCCCUUUGCCCUGCACCAAUUCCCCCACAGCGACCUUGUCGUCGACAACCGCAAGCGCAGCUCUGUCAGCGUGUAUCUCUCUGAGCACUGCCAGUCUAGUUCACUUGCCUUCGCCGUGCCUGCUGCCUCGGCCCUCCGCCCCGUGUCGUUCAGUCAUAACCCGGCCCCGGUCUCGGCCCGUCUCGACAAGCUUCCACGGUCUUCACCAGCAAGCUUCUCUCACCGGCUCAACCGCGCUCGCGAACUCGUUGCAUCUUCUUCGCCUUGGUUGAGUCACCCCCUUUCAGCGAGAGCUACGCUCCGCUUCCGGCCACCGCCUCGGUUGGUCCGCCUCGCUGCUUCACUCUCGACUACCGCUCUCCCCCAUCCGUCCUCAACUCCUCAUCUUCAGACUCUCUCGCCCACCUCUGCCUCUCUUGACGGACCCGACCCUCGCCGUCUCCUACUGUCAACAACCGCCAUCACAACCAGGCAACAAUACAUCACCUUUCAACAGUCGUUCUUUAACGCACAUCUCUCCUAA